GUGGAGACCAGUGGGAUCAGUAGAGCCGCCAACAUGGGCUCUCUGGUGGGCAGCGACAACUUCACGCACAUUCUUCGUGUGCUGAACACCAACGUCGAUGGCAAGCAGAAGAUCAUGUAUGCUCUGACCGCCAUCAAGGGUAUUGGCCGCCGCUUCUCCAACAUCUGCUGCAAGAAGGCUGAGGUGGACCUCAACAAGCGGGCGGGCGAGCUGUCUGCUGAGGAGCUGGAGAGCAUCAUGACCAUUGUGGCCAACCCUCGCGCCUACAAGAUCCCCGACUGGUUCCUCAACAGGCAGAAGGACGUCAAGGAUGGCCGCUACAGCCAGGUCACCUCCUCCGCCCUGGACACCAAGCUGCGCGACGAUCUUGAGCGCCUCAAGAAGAUCCGCAACCACCGCGGCCUGCGCCACUACUGGGGCCUGACCGUGCGCGGCCAGCACACCAAGACCACUGGCCGCCGCGGCAAGACUGUGGGCGUCGCCAAGAAGAAGUGAGCGGCGGCGGCGGCGGUUGGACGCCGCCGGCGCCUCUGCGGAGCCGGCGGCGGCGUCAGCUUAGGAACAACUUGGCAGAGCCAGCGGGCAGCGGUGGAAGUUUGGAUGUACGCGCUGCUGCCGCUGUGUAAUGCACCACACGUG